AUGGCGUCCACUUCACGGUGGAAUAAGUUUGUGCUGCUCCUGUGGAAGAACUGGAUCAUCCAGAAGCGGCACUACAUACAGACGCUGUUCGAAAUCCUGAUACCGGUGCUGUGCUGCGCGAUGCUGAUUAUCGUACGCGGGUUGGUCGACCCGGAACAAGUGCUAGAACCGACCAUUUUCGAGAGGCUGUCCAUCGGUUCACUAACCAGUCUUGACACAUUGUUCCCUCCGGUGACAUCCACCAUUGCCUACUCGCCCCAGAAUGAUGUUCUGCAAGCGUUCCUCAAGGAAGCUAUCGAGCAGGAGAUCCGAGGCAUCCGCCAGAUAACGAUCGAGCCGGUUGUAAACGCUCGGGAAAUGGAAAGUUUGCUGAUGCAACGCAACUUCAUCGGUGGAAUAGAGUUUCCCGACAGCUAUGCGAACAGUACCGAACUGCCCCAAAGUCUCCAGUUUGCGGUGCGCCUUCCCAGUGAGCUCCGUUUUACCGGGUGGACCUUCGGCAACUGGCGCACAAACUUCAUGAUCGUUCCGUUCGUGCAGGGUCUACGGAACGCGAACCAGUCCGACGGUGGCAGUCCAAACUAUCUGCGCGAAGGAUUUCUCGCCCUGCAGGCCGCCAUAUCACGCACCUUCAUUCGGCGACAGCAGGCCGGCUAUACGCCACCCGACGUUGCGCUCAGUCGCUUCCCGUAUCCACCGUACUAUGAAGAUAUGGUCCUGGUGGCGAUGGAGCGUCUCCUGCCGAUGAUCAUUCUGAUCUCAUUUUUCUACACCUGCAUCAACACGGUCAAGUUCAUCACGAUCGAGAAGGAGAAGCAACUGAAGGAAGCGAUGAAGAUCAUGGGUCUCCCGAACUGGCUCCACUGGACGGCGUGGUUCGUGCGGUGUUUGAUACUCUUGCUGAUUACCAUUUCCCUGCUGGUGUUCCUUAUAAGUGCAAACUUAACCUCCAACACCGAGCUGUCUGUGAUUGAGUACGCCGACUGGUCGGUGCUGUGGUUCUUCUUCCUGACGUACAUUUUGGUAACGAUUUGUUUCUGCUUCAUGAUGAGUGUGUUUUUCAACAAAGCCAACACUGCCGCCGGAAUUGCCGGACUGAUGUGGUUCCUUUUUGCCAUUCCGUUCAACGUGGCGGUGCAGAACUACGACGAGAUGGCUCUCGGCACGAAGAUUGUCUCCAGUCUGCUCUCGAACACGGCCAUGUCGUUCGGCAUCAUGAACAUCAUCCGGCUGGAGGGCAACCAGGAGGGUUUGCAGUGGAGCAACCUGUUCUCUUCGCCCACGAUGGGCGACGAUUUCAGUGUCGGACUGGUGAUUAUCCUGUUCCUGGUCGAUGCGCUCCUCUACCUGGCCAUCGCACUGUACUUCGAGCAGGUAAUGCCUGGGGAGUUCGGGGUGGCAAAGCCGUGGAACUUCCUCUUUACGCGCGCCUUCUGGAAGCGUAACCGCAUCGAGGACGGUUCCGUCGGGGAGGCGUACAAGAGCGACCCAUCGCCUUACUUCGAGCAGGAGCCCGACAUUGACCGCGUCGGCGUGCGGAUUGUGAAUUUGCGCAAGGUGUACGGCAAAAAGGUGGCGGUCGAAGGACUGAACUUGAACAUGUACGAUGGUCAGAUAACGGUCCUGCUCGGGCACAAUGGGGCCGGUAAAACGACCACCAUGUCCAUGCUGACCGGAAUGUUCUCGCCAACGUCUGGUACGGCCUUGGUCAACGGGUAUGACAUCCGGAAGGACAUCGAGGGCGUGCGGUUCUCGCUGGGACUCUGUCCGCAGCACAACGUGCUUUUCAACGAGCUGACCGUGGCGGAGCAUUUGAAGUUCUUCGCCCAGCUAAAGGGAAUCCCCCGGGAGAAGACCGAAGCCGAAAUCGAUAAGUACGUCAACCUGCUCGAGCUGUCCGAUAAGCGGCACGCCCAAUCGCACACCCUGUCCGGUGGUAUGAAGCGCAAGCUGGGCGUCGGGAUUGCACUCUGCGGCGGGUCCCGGGUGGUCCUGCUCGAUGAGCCCACGUCCGGCAUGGAUCCGUCCGCCCGGCGCGCCCUGUGGGAUCUGAUACAGAAGGAGAAGGCCGACCGGACGGUGAUUCUCUCGACGCACUUCAUGGACGAGGCGGACGUGCUCGGGGACCGGAUCGCCAUCAUGGCCGAGGGAAACCUGCGCGCCAUCGGGUCACCGUUUUUCCUGAAGAAAAACCUUGGCGCCGGCUAUCGGUUGAUCUGCGUCAAGGAGCCGCACUGUGAGCGGCAGCGGGUGCUGGGUAUACUGCGACGCUACAUUCCGGACGUGCGCAUCGAAACGGACAUCGGUACGGAGUUGUCGUUUGUGUUGCGCGAGGACUACCUGAAGGUGUUCCAGCCGAUGCUGGAGGAGCUGGAGGACCAGAUGGGGGCCUGUGGAAUAUCCAGCUAUGGUAUCUCGCUGACCACAAUGGAGGAAGUGUUUUUGCGUGCUGGAAGUGAUUCGCAUACCACCGAACAGUCGCAAGCCAAGGAAGAAAAUGGAUACAUCGAUAUCGAUUCGAAUGAAGACAACUACUCACUGGAAGGGCUCCCACUGCUCGAUGGUUCGAAGCGAUUGUUUCAGCAAAUCUACGCACAGUUUUACAAAAAGUGUCUUACGACCGUUCGGAGCUGGAUUACACUCACACUACAGUUUGCAAUCCCCGUGCUAUUCGUGCUUAUGUCGUACCUGAUCUAUCUUAACUCGUCAGCUGGCAGAGAACUGCCCGAACUGCCAAUGAACUUCGAUCGGUAUACCGCUUCAAUUACGGUGCUGGAAGUUAGUGACCCUGGUGCGCAGCAAGUCGGGGAGAUGUUUAAAGAACGGUUCCGCAAUGAACCACCCGUGCAUCGGUUGGACGUAAUCGAGGAGGACAUGAUCACGAGCAUUCUCAAUACGACAUCCCAGGAUAUAGCAACGUUUAACUCACGCUACUGGGUCGGAGCAACAAUCGGAAGCUCGGAGUGUACGGCUUGGUUUAACAACAAGGCCUACCAUAGCGCCCCGCUCGCCGUGCACUUGAUCUAUAAAGCGCUGCUUCAGUCCGUCUGCCCAACCUGCCAGUUGGAGGUCAGCAACAAACCACUACCGUAUCGGUUGGACACGCAACUUCAGCGGCUGGAGACGGGUGCCAAUGCCGGCUUCCAGCUCGCGUUCAACACCGGCUUCGCAAUGGCGUUCGUGUCGGCCCUGUUCAUUCUGUUCUACAUCAAGGAGCGCACAACGCGCGCCAAGCUGCUACAGUUCGUGAGCGGUGUGAACGUGGCGCUCUUCUGGUCCAUUUCCUUCCUCUGGGACUACCUCGUGUUUGUAGUGUCGUCACUGUUCUACAUCGUAACACUUGCGAUCAUCCAGCAGGACGGUUGGUCCUCGUUUGACCAGCUCGGACGAGCGUUUUUGGUCCUUCUGUUUUACUCGUUUGCCAGCCUGCCGGUGACGUACCUGUUCGCUUACAUGUUCCACGUGCCGGCAACCGGGUUUGUGAAGAUGAUGCUGCUUAACGUGCUGUCCGGGACGAUCUUCUUCACCGCGGUGUCGUUGCUACGCUUCGACGGGAUCGAUCUGGAGAACGUAGCGAACAUACUCGAAUGGUUCUUCAUGUUUUUCCCGAGCUUCGUGCUGACGCAAAGCAUGAACGCACUGAACAUGGUCGGCGGAAGGGAAGCCUUGUGUGACCGGGCCUGCGAGCAGAUCACCCUUUGCACGCAGGAGCUCAAGUGUCUGCUGGUACCCGAAUGUUGCGGCACUUCCGCAUUCACCUUCGAUCAGUUGACGGGCAUUAAUCGUAGUUUGCUGUUCUUCUUCGGCAUCGGUGUGGUCGCUUUCAGCGCCAUACUGAUCAUAGACUACCGGUUGUUCAAGAAGUUUUUCUCCCGCAAGACCGUAAGCGUGGUGGUCAGCGACGACCGGCAGGUGGACGAGCAGGACUCGGAUGUGAUGGACGAGAAACGUAGGGUUGCAUCUUGCAGCGACGUAGAGCUUUCCUCCUACAACCUGGUGCUCAAAGAUCUUUCCAAAAGCUACGGAAAGUUUGUGGCGGUCAACAAACUGUCGGUGGGCGUGCGACACUCCGAGUGCUUCGGACUGCUCGGUAUCAACGGGGCCGGCAAAACGUCCACCUUUAAGAUGAUGACCGGUGACGAGAACAUCACGUCCGGGGAUGCUUGGGUGAAUGGAAUCAACCUGCGGACGGACAUGAACCGUGUGCAUCAACACAUCGGUUACUGUCCACAGUUCGACGCACUGCUGGAGGAGCUGACCGGUCGGGAGACGCUCUACAUCUACGCCCUGAUGCGGGGAGUUCGACGCUCGGAAAUCAACGGAGUUUCACUAACCCUGGCGGAGGAGUUGAACUUUGGCAAGCAUCUCGACAAGCGAACGAAGGCUUACAGUGGAGGCAAUAAGAGGAAGUUAAGCACCGCCCUGGCCCUGAUGGGCAAUCCCUCGGUGGUGUACCUGGACGAACCGACCACUGGGAUGGACCCGGGAGCGAAGCGGCAGUUUUGGAACGUGAUUUGUAAGGUUAGGAACUCGGGCAAAUCGAUCGUACUAACGUCGCACAGCAUGGAAGAGUGCGAGGCUCUUUGCACACGGCUCGCCAUCAUGGUGAAUGGAGAGUUCAAAUGUCUCGGCUCGACACAGCACUUGAAGAACAAAUUUUCCGAAGGUUUCCUUCUGACGGUGAAAACGAAACGUCACCAGCCGGAUGCGGCGGAGCAGGUGAAAUCAUUUGUUACAAGCAGAUUUGAAGGUUCCGUUUUGAGAGAGGAAUACCAAGACUCGCUAACAUUCCACAUCGCCCGUACCGAUCAGAAGUGGUCCGCCAUGUUUGGAUUGAUGGAAUCGGCCAAGGUUCAGCUGGGUAUCGAAGACUAUGCGCUUGGCCAGACGACACUCGAGCAGGUGUUCCUAUUUUUCACCAAAUAUCAACGAAAUGCUGACUAGAGUUUACAGCUUCAAAGAGUUUGGGUGUUAUUAUCAUAACUCCAUUUGGUGUUCAUAUUGUGAUGUUUAUUUCAAACGGAUUUGGGUAGAAAUUGUAAACAAAAGUUUCAAAACACGCAAGUGAAUGUAAAUAAGUUUGUUAAUUGUAACGCGCAUCAGUGAAUGAGAAACGAUAU